AUGCCAUCGGAUUUAGAAGCUACGUCAGUGAGCUACAGCUGCAAAGGCUGUGAGCAAGUGGAUGAUAGUCGGAUGGUUGCCUGCGACAAAUGCAAUUCAUGGUGGCAUUAUCAGUGUGCUAGCGUGAACGAUAGCAUUAGCGAAAAGGAUUUCGUCUGCAAAAUUUGCUCGGAAGUUUUACAUAGUGUCAUCGGGUCAUCAACCACGUCCACUUCCAGGACUCGGAUGAAUCUGCGACGGCUGGCAGAACAGAAAGCUCUUAUGGAACGGCAAAUUGAGUUAGAGCAACGUGACCAGCAACGACGGCACGAACAAGAGAGGCUGCAAAAAGAAGGCGAGAUCGAGAGGAAGAAACUCGAGCUGGAUAAACGGUUCAGUGACGAGAUGUAUCGGGUACUGGAUCUUGAAGCGGAUGGCGAGAACGACGAUCAGCGGAGCAACAAGUCCCAACAGAGCAGCAUCAGUAAAGUCAACGAGUGGAGAUGGGAACGACAUCUAGGUGGAGAGGCCAGCUCGACUAUGGUCACUGUCAACCCAGAAACAGCACCCCGCCCAGCUAUGACUACGACAGCUGCUGAGAGAGGUUAUGUAGAUCAAAAUGUUCCAAUCCAACAGAAGAAUCCAAUGGGUGGUAUUAUUAACCGAUCGUCGAUGAUUCCACUUGAACCACCUCGGACCAAAUGCUCACAGGGAAGUGGAUUGCACAAUGAUGAUAUUGCCAGGAAUGAUGAACCACGAUUAAGACCAGCUGGAAAUGUGCCCGGUCGCCCAUAUGAUCAGUAUAGGUACCCUGGAGUGCAAGCCACUUUAAACCCACAUCUGGUGCCAAGAUCGUUUGCCGAAAACUUUCACUCGUUUAUGCCACAUUCUGAUCCCUAUAUGGCCAAGGAUGCUGGUCAGCAUGCAGGUUUUCAGAUACCAAUGCAACAACCGGGUCCCUCAUUUGCUUUCCCGUCUCAGCAUACGCAUUAUAAUCAACCGUUGCCUCAAGGGUGGGGUACAGCACCGCAGCAACUGGCUGCUCGGCAGGUUAUGCCGAAAGAACUACCGGUGUUUUCUGGCAAUCCGGAGGAUUGGCCACUCUUUAUUAGCUCAUAUGCCACUUCCACCCAAGCGUGUGGAUACACAGAUGCUGAAAAUUUGAUACGUUUACAGCGAUCAUUACGAGGACACGCAUUGGAAGCUGUACGCAGCAGACUGCUCCUGCCGGCAUCAGUUCCGCAAGUUAUAGCUACCCUGCAAGUGCUAUACGGGCGACCCGAGCUUCUUAUUCAUACGCUGCUCAAGAAGUUGAGGGAUAUUCCGUCACCCAAACCGGAAAAAUUAGACACGCUAAUUUCCUUUGGCAUGGCAGUGCAAAAUCUUUGCGACCACCUUGUGGCUGGUAACCAGGACGCUCACCUGAACAACCCAACAUUACUGUAUGAGCUCGUGGAGAAGCUUCCGGCUCAUUUAAAACUGGACUGGGCUAUGUAUAAAAGACAGUUUUUGGUUGCCGAUCUUCGGAUAUUCGCGCAGUACAUGACGACCAUUGUGUCAGCUGCUUCGGAGGUCACACUAUACGUGGAUUCAAAACAGGUCGUUUCAUUCUCCAAACAAGAAAGAGCAGAGAAGAAAAACCUUGUCUUAGCGCAUACUGGAGAGCCCCAGAAGAAAAACGAGCCGAUAAAGGAUGAGUCAGAGGUAGCAACAGGAAAGCAAUGUCCAGUGUGCCGCAAUCCCGGCCAUAGAGUAAAGGAAUGUGAAGUUUUCCAAAAAAUGGAAGUGGAUGAUCGAUGGAAGGUUUCUGUAUCACAUUCUCUAUGCCGGUGUUGUUUGUUUGCUCAUGGCAGACGUCCGUGUAAGACGAAAUCGCGAUGCGGAAUCAAUGACUGUGAGUAUAGGCACCACCCCUUGCUGCACUUCAUAACGAAGAAGAACGAACUAAACCCGGCGAACGGGAAUGCCAAGGUGAAUAAUCAUCAUCAAGAAGGACGUUCGUCGCUCUUCCGCAUUGUUCCGGUAACUCUACGUGGAAAGAAUCGAAUUUUGAAGACGUUCGCUUUUCUGGACGAUGGCUCCUCGAUAACGCUUGUAGAGAACAGUAUCGCGGAACAGCUCGGUGCGAAAGGAGAAAGCGAUGCUUUGUGUUUAACGUGGACAGCGAACGUGAAACGCAUAGAAGAGGACUCGAAGAGAAUAGACAUUACCAUAUCCGGUUCUCAAGUAUCUCGACUCUACACUAUCUCAAACGCACGAACGGUUCAAAAUCUCGAUUUGCCAAUCCAGUCGCUCCAGUACAGUGAGCUGGCAAUACAAUAUCCACAUUUGCAAGGGCUGCCAAUCGAGGAUUAUGUCAACGUUACACCACGAAUUCUGAUUGGAAUCGACAACGCUCACUUAGCUGUACCACUCAAAACGCGAGAGGGCAAACUGGGUGACCCAAUUGCGACCAAGACACGACUAGGAUGGUCGGUACACGGGUCGACCAAACGGAGUGCGAUGAACAAUUAUAGUCUACACAUGUGCGAGUGCUCGGAGGACACAUCGAAAUUGCACGAGCUAGUUAAGCAGUACUUCUCGGUUGAAUCAUUGGGAAUAUCGCUACAGGAGGCUCCAGAUUCUAAAGAUAAUCAACGGGCUCUCAGCAUCCUGCAGAACACAACGAAGCGAAUAGGUACGCGGUAUGAGACCGGUCUGUUGUGGAAAUAUGACCACAUUGAACUUCCGGAUAGUUUUGGGAUGGCCUUUAAGAGACUGCAAUGUCUAGAACGACGAAUGAAGGCAGAUCCGGUGAUAGGAGACAGCGUGAUCAGGCAGAUCUCAGAAUAUCAGCGGAAGGGCUAUAUCCAUCUAGCUACAUCAGAGGAGUUGGACGACGCAGAUCCGCGCAGGAUCUGGUAUCUUCCGUUGGGAGUGACUGUUAAUCCAAAGAAACCGGGAAAAAUUCGGAUAUUUUGCGAUGCGGCUGCUACUGUCGAUGGCAUUUCUCUGAACAGUUUUCUAUUGAAAGGCCCGGACCUUCUCGUGUCUCUCCCGGCUGUACUCAGCGGUUUUCGGGAACGCAAGGUGGCCAUAUGCGCCGAUAUACAGGAAAUGUUCCAUCAGAUUGCGAUGAAAAAAGAAGACAGGCAUGCUCAACGAAUCCUAUGGAGAAAUGACCCCUCGGAACCUCCCCAAGUUUUUCUCAUGGAUGUUGCAACGUUUGGGUCGACCAGUUCACCCUGCUCGGCCCAGUAUGUGAAAAACGCCAACGCUCGAGAACAUGCGGACAAAUAUCCACGGGCUGCAGAAGCAAUUGAGCGCAAACAUUACGUGGAUGACUAUCUCGACAGCGUUGACAGUGUUUCGGAGGCUGUCAAGAGAGCGGAAGAAGUCAAGUACAUCCAUUCCUGCGCUGGCUUCAAAAUUCACUCCUGGUUGUCAAAUAGCGAAGAGGUCCUGAAACGGGUCGGAGAAACCGAGCCCGCCAAUGAGAAGAACAUAGUUGUCGAGAGUAGCACCGGGAUAGAACGGAUUUUAGGCAUGCAGUGGCUUCCGAAGGAAGAUAUUUUCACGUACACCGCGGCGAUAGCUCUACCGCCCGGUCGCCCAACGAAAAGAGAGGUGUUACGAACGGUCAUGAGAAUAUUUGAUCCUCUUGGCUUACUGUCCCAUCUUAUCGUACACGGCAAGAUCCUCAUUCAGGACAUAUGGCGAAGCAAAACCGGAUGGGAUGACCCGAUUCCGGAAGCAUUGACUGCUAGAUGGCACAAAUGGACCGAGCUACUCUCCAGACUGGAUCAAACACGGAUUCCACGCUGUUAUUUUCCGGGUAAAGCAUCAACUGAGAUCGAGUCUCUCCAGCUGCACGUGUUUGUAGACGCGAGUGAGUCAGCCUACGCUUGUGUCGCCUAUUUCAGAGCCGUCGUAUCGGGACAAAUUCAAUGUGCACUCGUAGCUGGAAAAUCAAAGGUAGCACCUCUCAAAAUACUGACGAUUCCCAAAUUAGAGCUGCAGGCGGCUGUGAUUGGCGCUCGUUUGCUACAAACUAUUAGUUCCUCCUGUUCGCUGUCUAUUUGUCAGAGGUUCAUCUGGACAGAUUCCCGUACAGUGCUAUCGUGGAUUAUAUCGGAUCAACGAAUCUACCGUCAAUUUGUAUCCGUUCGGGUAGGAGAAAUCCUCAACCUAACGAACCCGACAGAAUGGCGAUGGAUUGCUAGCAAACAGAACGUGGCGGACGAGGCGACAAAAUGGGGUUUAGGGCCGAACUUGAUGCCCGAAGGUCGAUGGUGCCAAGGACCCAAAUUUCUCUUCGAUUCUCAGAACGCAUGGCCGACACAGCCCAACGUCGUGGCGGAUACCUUAGAGGAGCGGCGUGUGUAUGUUGUUCAUCAUCAAGAUCCAGCGAAAUUCAUUAUGUGGGACAGGUUUUCGCAGUGGACAAAAUUAGUGCGUUCAGUUGGCUAUAUAUAUCGCUACGUUGGAAAUCUGCGAGGUGAGCAUGAGGCAAUGUCACAUAAUAAGACGAUGUUGUCGCAAAAGGAACUUGCAGCUGCUGAAAUGUUUAUUUUCCGUCAAAUUCAAGGGGAAGCCUAUUCUAGGGAGGUAGCUGUGUUAACGUCGCUGAAAGAAUCGAAACUGGCUGGCUCUCCCCGAGAAUUCGAGAGUAACAGUAAAUUAAAGUCACUCUCCCCUUUCUUCGACGAGCAAGGUGUACUGCGCAUGGAAAGCCGAUUAUCCGAAGCAGCAUUUGCAUCCUAUGACAUGAAAUACCCAAUCAUAUUGCCGCGUGAUCACCGAGUUACAAUACUCAUCGUCGCAUGGUAG